AUGGUUGGCGUCGGUGGGAGGAGCCGCGGCUGUAAAACGUGUCGCCGUGCUCGAGUGAAAUGCGGCUUCAACCCCUUCCCUGUCUUCAUCGAUGGUCUUUCCCUUACUGAGAUCCAGGCGGACAACACUACGCAGGCAGGCAGUGGGAAAGAAAUAUCUCUAGUUCAAGCACCUAGUCUCGAUGAAGAUAAUGUCUUUACAACUCACCUCAUUACAAGUCUCUUUACGGUCUUCCAAGAGAGCAAUAAGGCGCCUAGCCACAAUAUUAUAUCUCCUUGGUUAAUGAGCUCUAUUCUGCCUAGCAACCAUAACCAGGCCCCACAACUUGCAGUUCGAGCUUGUGCUGCCGCAUAUUUUGGGAAGAUACAUCGUCGAUGUUCUGCAGUGGAAAGGGGCACAGUGUUGUACACUCAAGCACUACGUCAGCUUCAGAAGAAACUAUUUGAUUCAGAACAGGUUUUAAGAACAGACACUCUAUCAGCUACCUUCUUACUGGCCCUGUUUGAGAUGAUCACUUCCAAAGACAUGAAUGGAUGGUCAAGUCAUUUCCUUGGAAUAGGACACCUUAUCAAAUUUCGAGGACCGCAGCUUCACCGGAAUGGCUCAGGCAAAGAGUUAUUUAUUACAACCCGUCCUUCUAUUGCGCUCUUCGAAAGGCUCUACAAUUGGCGCGUGAAAUGGGAGCAAGAUUUCUCACACACAUAUUUCAAUGUCAGAUUGGAUAUUCUCAAGGAACUGAACGUUUUCGAAUUUGACUUCUAUCCUUUUCCUACCGCAAUUUUCUUUACUGAACACGAUCGAGUCACCGAGAUAUGCUUAUACAACGCCAUGCUUCUUGUUCUACAUCAAAUGUGUCGGCAUAUUCCAACUUCGAUGAGGCCUACGCUGGCAUCUUAUGAGAAUGUAUCCUCCUGGACACAUCCGUCAAUUCUCUUGGCCCCUGGAAAUGGGUCGGUAGAGGAUAUUAUUGGAGAAUUUUGCAAGUUGACCAUUGUGGAUUUGAUGCUGUGA